AUGGGCCGAGGAGCCGGCGGGCGGCAGAGCGGCCCCAAGUGGGGGCGGAGCCCCGAGACCCUGCGGCCCGCUCGUGCCCUCGCCGGUUCCGAGAGGCCCUCGCGCCCCGGGCCGCACGCGCCCCUGACCCCACGCGCGCCCGGGAUCCCCCGCGCCCCGGAUUCCCCCGGACCCCAAGGCGCGCCCCGGACCCUCGCACACAGCCCCGGCCCCGCCUCGCACACAGCCCCCGCUGCCGGCAGCCCGGGGCUCCCCGCGCACCCACAGGCGCCCGAGCGCUCCCGAGCGAGCGGCCCCCCGUCCCGCGGGUGUCCCCAGGACCCCGCCCGCGGCCCGCCCAGCCCGGUCGCCCCGACGCCCUCCCCCGCCCCUCGCCCGGCGGAGCCGGCGUCCGCGCCCCAGCAGCCCGGGCCCUCGAAGGCGGCCCUGCACGGUCGCGGGGCCCCCCAAGCCCCGGGCGCCCGCGUGCUCCGCCCCCCAGGCCGGCGCUCUGCACCCGGGCGCCUCGCGGGGGCGGCCUGCGGGUCGCUCCCCGGAGUGAGCGCGCGUCGCCCGUCCCCGGCGUUUCCCGCCUCGUCCUUUCCAGGGACCCGCGCGUGGCCGGGCGUCCAGCCCCCCACCUCAGGCCCGCCAGACCCGCGUGGUGAGCAAACAAGUAGUGGGAGCCCCACGCGCGCCCCCGGCCAGGGCGAGGGCGCCCCUUCUUCCUGCUGCCCCCUCCAGCGAGGCCCGGAGGCCCGGGGGACGCGCGGCGGUGGGGAGCCUCUCCGUCCCGGCGGCGCCUUCACCUCGCCCGGUAAACGGCAGAAAUGGAGUCAGGGUCCCCCGCGAAAUACACCGUGUGUGGAACCCGAGGCGCCCUCCCGGCGCAGGGGGGCGCCGUCGCGGGGGCGGGCGGGGGGGACAUGA